AACUUUUGCUUGGCACUAUCCAAACUGAGGAAGUUCAGAUGUAUUUUGAUGUCUGUGCUGUUUCAUUUGUGUCUGCUAGUAUAAGGAGACCCUGCAAAGGAGUAGAUUUUCUUCCUAGCUCACUAGCUUUUUUCUUCUAGUUCUUUUUUCUUCUUUUUUGUUCUGAUGCUUUUUCAGCUUUACCAGCUAUGACAGAUGAAAUAAUAUAUGCCAAUCUGAAAUUUGAAAACUGCUAUGAGCUGGAUAAUGUCCCAGAGCCUGAAGUUCCUAAGGAAAAAGGACUUCCCACUUCAUCCCACUCUUGGUGGCCAGUAGUCCUGAUUUUGAUCACAAUAUGCGUGGCAUUGCUGAUGGGGCUGAUGACUCUGGCAAUUUUAUUUUCCAAAGGUUCCAAGGAUUACAGGACACAGAUUCGAGACCUCAACAUGACAAAGAAUGAUCUGCAUGCAAAUUUCUCAAAAAUCCUGCAAGCAAUUGGAAAUCAGCUAUGCUUGGGAGGAAGAAAAGAUCUUCAAAAUAAUGAUCUAAACUGUGUGCUCUGCCCUACAAACUGGAAUUGGCCAGGUGAUGGUGAUAUGUGUUACUACUACUCUACUGAACAGAAGACAUGGCAACAGAGUCAUGGGUUUUGUUCCUCACAAAACUCUACUCUUCUGCUGGUAAAAGAGAUGGCAAAGCUGGAACUGGUUAAAAAAUUUCCUAGAACAUUCUGGCUUGGAUUAUCAUUUAGAGCUGAUAAGAAAGGCUGGUUCUGGGCAGACAACACAACUGUUACAGAAGAACAAAAGUCUUGGACAAAUCAUUUACAACGUUCCCUCCUCUGUGGAUAUAUUUACCAUCAUGCAAUAUACAGCCGUGCAUGUGAAGCAGUUGAUUACUAUGUCUGUGAAAAGCCUGCCAUCCAGUUGCAGCGACGUAACAACCACCAGCAAGAGGAAUGGUUUGUCAGAUCAAGAGGAUUACAUGUUUUCAAUGUGUUACACUUCCACUGUGGCACAGUAAUCGGAACAGAGCCAGCUUCCUCCGUGGUUUCAUUGAAAAUGCUGAAAUGUAAACCAUUCCCAUUGCCCCAGCUUUGGUCUUGCUGCAGUGUGCCCCAUCUCCCAAGUACGUUUGUUGCAGGAAAAAAGUGUGACAAGCUGGAGAUGGAGGAUGAGGAAGGCUACACCACAUUAAAUUUACGACCACCAGCUUCAGUUAUUACUCGUGGAUAUUCAAACAGCAACAAAUAUCCUGCAUUUAAUGCUCAAGUCAAUUGUGGUACAGUAGACAGAGUCUCUGCCUCAUCUGCCAAAAGGUGGCCAGUGGCCGUUGCUUUCUUCAUUUUGAGCCUGGUGCUGCUCAUAGGGCUGGUGGCCUUGCUGUUCCUGUUUUUUCAGGUUCCCAAGGAUUCUGCAGGAGGAAAGAAGCUGCAGGAAAUGAGGGAAGCAUUGUGUUCUGAAGGGAAAGAGAACAAUGAAACAAAAUGUGCUCUCUGUCCAGCAAGCUGGCAAAGCAGUGGAGCUGACAGCUGCUUCUACAUUUCAAAGCAGAAGAAAACAUGGAAGGAAAGCCAGGAGUUCUGUUCCUCUAGAAACUCUACUCUUCUUGUGCUGAAAGAUAAAGCAAAGAUGGUCUCUCUGCCACAGGAUUCACAGUUUUAUUGGGUUGGAUUAUCAUACAAAUCUGAAAGGAAUGGCUGGUACUGGGAAGAUGGAACAGCUCUUUCAAGAGAAGCCAAAACUUGGACAGUUUUAUAUGAACACAUCUUCUGCGCUUCCAUAUAUGGACGGAUUAUUUAUGCCAGUAAUUCCUGUUUCACAAAGCAAUUCUGGAUCUGUGAGAAAGGUGCUAUUCAUUUUGCCUGAAGAAGCACUGCAAGUAGGGAUG